AUGGCCGACAGCAGCGAGAUAGAUGAGGCACAGCCCUCGAUUGAAUUCUUGCGUCUGCGCUGGCAAAUCGCCGACGGCCCAGCCUUUACCUGCGUCAGCGUCCUCGCCGACCCCGAGGACGCCUCUUCACCACAGCAGCCCUUGCGAUCCGCCGACGGCACGCUGCACGCCGUCGCCGCCGCACCGUGUAGCAACCCGCCCGCGCCGCGACUCACGCUACAAAUUGAGGAGGCGACCUAUCUCGGCGUCGAGGGCGGCGACGUGGAGCUCAGCGAGCCUGCGCGCUUCGAAAUGGUGGCCGCCGCGGGGCACGACUACGUUACGAUUGGCCAGUACGUGGAGGCGGCGCACCCGUGGUUUCUGGCGCAACGGCAGAAGCACUUUGAGGGGUACGGGUACGGGGACGGGGACGGGCGGCAGCCGCUGCCGGCCGGGACGGAGCUGUGGUUUGAUCCCUCGUCGCCGAUUGUAAUUCAUUUUUUCGACUCGGUCGAGUCGGAGCCGCCGUUUACGUUUGAGUGGAGUCUGGUUGCGGAUAUGGCCUCGGGGAUUAUUCAUGGGCAUGUGGAUGAUGAGUCGGAGUAUGGAGAUGAGGACGAGGGCGAGAUUGAUCCGAUUGAGGAGUUGAAGUGA